AUGACUUUUUGUAAUGCAGGUCCAAUAGCAGCAUCUUGUUUUUUAGGAAAGGAUGUUGUUGAAAGUGCUCAUUAUGCAUUUAUUUGUGCUGUUUAAGAUUUAACUACUUUGGGCUAUUCUUUAAAUAUUGAUUUUUAAUUUAUCAAAUUAACUGUAAAUAAUAAAAACUUACAAUAUUAAUAUAAUUAAGAAUUUUUAAACACACUAAAUAGUAAGAAUUUUGAAAUUAAAGUUAUAAAAAAUAUAUUAAAAAAUAUUUAUAUAUAUUCUUAUGUUUAUAUAAUAAAAUAGUUAAGAAAAUCUAAUAUUCCUACAUCUGAAUACUGGACUAUGUCUUACUUAAAAAAUUCGGAUUAAAACAGCUUGAAUACUUUACUUAAAAGACCUAAUUCUAAGUAAGUUAGAUAUUAUAAUGAAAAAACACAGGCUUUAAAGAUAAUGUCACUAGAUUUAAGCACUGCUGAAUAUAUAAAUUAUUCUUAAAAAUAAAAAAUAUUACCUUAGUUGUAAAAGAAAUGA